AUGUUGAAUAAAAAAUUGAUUUUAUCAAUACACGUGGUGAUAAUACUUUUAAAUUAUUCAAGUAUUAUAACUACUACUGUAAAUGCUACUGAAGACAGCGAAGACGUAAAUACAUUAUCUCUUAAGGAGGAAGAAUUUACCAAUGAAACACAUAUAGAGACUUCUAAUUCAACAGAUUUGGUGGAUUCAUCAGCCCAUGAAGAAACUAAUUUGGAGUCAAACGAUACAAAUCAAGCCGCAAAUGCCAAAGAAAAUUCCGAAGACAAUCAAAUAGAAGGCGAAACUCAAAAUGUAACAUUAAGUACACUUGGUGAUGACGAGGAUGGAGUCUUCGUCAUUACAGAGAGGAUCGAUCUAGAUAAAAAUCCAAGCAUAUCUUCUAGUGGUGAUGAAAAAGAUGAAUAUUCUUCAUCUGAAGCUUCUAGUGAACAGAUAUUUACAUAUCCCUCCACUGAGAUUACAACAACGUUGAACAUCGAAAAUCUGUCUGAAAAUAAUAAUAAUACGAGUGACAAGUCAAUCAUUCCGGAAUUAAAUGACCAACCAGCUCAAGCUUUAAGUAGUAAAGCUGAAGUAAGCGAAAAUAUUAUGGAAUCCCUUGCUGAUAUGAAUGAUGGCACCAAUGACACAGUGUAUGGGCAACAAAGUGAAUUAAAAAAGCUCAUGAAUGAAACUGAAGUCAAAUCAAAUACUACAGAAGAAUUUACAUCAAGUUCAUUCGAAUCAGAAAAUUCAAUUACUGAAAUUCCUAUUGAAUCAACACUCCCAAAUUCAGUAAUCAUGGAAAAGAUACAUGAAAGUGAAACAACAACAACGACAACAGCAGCAACAACAACAAUUUCGCAAGACACUUCAAUACUUCAGGUAGCAAGUUCCUUGACUAAUAUUCAGCCAGUUGAACCUACCAAUGAAAAGAGUGUCUUAAAAGAGAAAUGUUAUCAAUAUCCCAAAAUCAAGGCAUGUGGUCAAUUAGGAGUUGAUAUGAAAUCACGCGGUGGUUGGUAUUUUAAUCCAACGGAGAUGCAAUGUCAAUAUACAUCUGAUUGUAUUGUAAAUGAUAAUGUCUUCAAAACCAAAGAGGAAUGUUCUGAAACCUGUGAAUAUUGGAGAGGUACUGCGCGUUGUCUAGCCCCACCACAAGCUGGGCAUUUUCGAUGUUCUGCUGUUAAUACAGAAAGAACAGUUCGACCAAUUUUAAUGGUUUAUUUUGAUAAAGUAUCUGGAAAAUGUCGUUGGUUCACAUAUUAUGGAUGUGGUGGUAGUGCAAAUCGUUUCACGUCGAUUAUAGAAUGUGAAAAUACCUGUGGAAGUCUAGUUGCAUAUAAAAUUCUACUUGUGGCUAAUCAACUCUGUCAAGUGGCUCCGACUACCCGACUAUUCCCACAAUGGUCUAGAAUCGAUAUAGAUACAUGGAGUCUUAUCAAUCAAGAGGAUCAAUUCUAUACAAAAGAAACAUCUGAACCAAUUCUUUUUGACAAUCUUACCUAUAUUGAUGCAAUGCGUAUUGAACCGGAAUGUGCAAAUAUGGGUCAACAAGAAUCACGUUGGUAUUUAGAUGUUGAAACAAAUCAAUGUCAAGAAUUCGCUUAUUCACAUUGUGGUGGAUCAUCAAAUAAUUUUUUAACUCGUGCUGAUUGUGAACAAUUCUGUGGUGCUGCAAAACCUGAUGCAUUAACGAUUUGCAAGUUAAAUCCUUCACCUGGAGAGUGUACAGACUACAAAACUAUGUGGUAUUAUGAUCCCAACUGGUUAACAAGUGUUGAUGGACAAGAUCAUCAGAUGAUUGGCGUUUGUAGACAAUUUAAUUAUUCUGGUUGUGGUGGAAAUAGUAAUCGUUUUCCAACUCAAGCUUCAUGUGAAAUGAUGUGUCAAUUUAAUACAAAAAUUGAACUACAAAUAGAUAUGGAUUCAUCAGAAGAAGCUUCCAAUGUAACAGGACAAAAUGAUCUCCAUGAUGAUGAAGAUGUGUACAGUGAUCCACCAUCAGUGUCUACAACUGAAACAAAUAAAACAACACAAAGUAACUUGAACAGAAAAACAACUAAGCUAACUUUGAUGAAUAUUGAUCUUGAACCAUGCCGACGACAUCCUGUAUUCGGUUUUUGUCGACCAUUGAACUGCUCAGAAGAACAAAAGCGUAAUCAGACUUGUCAGUUUUUAAAUUUUCAAAGAUGGUUUUUCAAUGCUCAUACAAGUAAUUGUGAAGCUUAUAGUUACAGUGGAUGUGGAGCGUCUGAAAAUUCAUUUGAUGAUGCUCAAGCUUGUCAGGCGGCAUGUAAAGCUAGAAUUGUUAGACCGGAUAGAGAUCAACGCUGUGAUUCAAAUCCACACUCUAAAAAGUGUUACAAACUAUCUGUUAGUGGUAAUCAACAAGAUGAGUCUACAGAAAGCAAUGUCAUUGCAUUCCAUUUCAGUAUUGUUAGUGCAACAUGUAAAGCUUUUCAUUUAAAUACACAAAGAUCUGGUUGUAGUAUGGAGCAUUACUUUCCUAAUGGUUAUGAUUGUCUACGUGCUUGUGUAAAAUCUUCACCAACUGAAAAACAUUUACAAAAUCGCUGUUUUGCUCGAAAGACUCAUAUGUCAUGGAAUUGUACAGAUCAUAGUACCAAAGCCUAUCGUUGGUCAUAUCUACCUGAAAUAAACCAAUGUGUACGUUUCUCAGAGUGUACUGAUCCAGAUCAAAAUAUGGAACAACCUGGAAAUAAUUUCGCCUCAAGAAGUGAAUGUGAAACCACGUGUAUGGCAACAAGUUUUGAAGAAGUAUGUCAACUUCCAAAAGAUCCUGGUCCGUGUACAAGUUUUCAAACUCGUUAUUUCUACGAUAGUAGUGCAUCAAAAUGUCGAGUGUUUUUAUAUGGAGGUUGUUUGGGCAAUUUUAAUAGAUUUUUGUCAAGAAAAGAAUGUGAACUAGCCUGUUCGCAGUAUUCAACGCAUCUUCUGAGUACAAAUAAUCAAACUAAAUCUUCAGAAACCUUGCAAGAAGAGAAACUAUUGAAUCAUGAUGAACCACCAUUGUUAAGUGCCCAGGUGUUUGAGAAGAUGAAACAAACUACUCGGCAUCAUACUGAUCGUUAUCCUUGGGAUAUUUGUUUGGAUAGUCACAGUUAUGGAACCUGUUCAUUAUCUGGUGGUCAAUAUCAAACAACAAGUGAAUAUCCAUACGUCCCGCUGACUCGUUAUUAUUAUGAUCGUCGAUUAGGCCAAUGUCAGCCUUACACUUAUACUGGUUGUGGAGCCCGUGGGAAUCAUUUUGAUACACUAGGAAGUUGUCAAAAAGUUUGUGAAAAUCGACUAAGAAAUCCAAAAUUCGCUCGCUGUCAUUUCAAUCAGUCAAUUAAACGAUGUCCUGGCAGUGGAAUUCAAGCAUGGGCUUAUAAUCAUUCUAUCGGUGAUUGUUACUAUUUUGAAAUAACAAGUCAAUGGCUUGGUGUUUGGCAAGCUAGAACUGGAAGUCUACCUGAAGGAAUAUAUGCAACUCGUAGUGCUUGCCAGUAUCAUUGUUUACCGAAACCGCCUAAAGGGACAGAUACACAAAAUGUAUGUCAUAUGAACCCGAUUGUAACUGUUCCAUAUGGUUGUAAUGCAAUGGUCACUAGAUGGUAUUUUGAACCAAGAGAAACUCAGUGCAGAAGUUAUAUAACUUGUCCUCAAUAUGGAAACAAUUUCCCUAGUCAUAAAGCUUGUCAAGAUGUUUGUACUCCAGGACAUCCGAUAGAUGUUUGUCGUCUUCCACACGAUCAUGGCGGUUGUUCAAACUUUGAAAAACGAUGGUAUUAUGACAUGGAUAAACGUAUGUGCAUGCCAUUUACAUAUGGUGGAUGUUUUGGUAAUUCAAAUCGCUUUCUAACUAAAGCUGAAUGUGAAGGAUUUUGUAUGGGAAAAGAUAUUUGUAGACUACCCUUACAGAAAAAUUCCACUGAUCCAAGUUAUCCAGAAAGAUUUUAUUAUGAUCAGUCAAAGAAACAAUGUCUUCCAUUCCGUUUCACUGGUCUAUUAGCGCAUGGAAAUAAUUUCCCAUCUUUAUCUAUAUGUAAUGCCACGUGUAUUUAUGUACCUGACAUAGAAGUGAUUGCUGAGAAAAAUGUGGCGAAUUAUAAUUUAACUCUUGACAAAGCAAUAGACAAAACCAGUAAAACACUUGGCAAAGAAUCUCAACUGAAAGAUUCAAUAGUGAUUGAGAAACCAACAGAAAAUGAUGAUGGGAAUAGUGUACACAUAAAAACUUCAGACACUGACAAUGACUCUACAAAAUUUCCAUGUCUACCAUUUCUAACGGAUAGUCAAUAUGACGAGAUGACUAAACAGACAUAUUGUAAUCCUGAAGAUAUAAUUCAUGAAUUAGGUUAUCGAUUUCAAGUAACAACUAGUAUAGGUGAAACAAAUGAAGUUAUUGAUGGUAUUUGUGUACCAGUAUUAGUGCCUAUUUGUUUAAAUGAACCAAAAAGUGUCUAUGGACAAUUUAAUGUUUUUGAAAGUCAAAUGAUUGGACGUGUUUUUAAAACAGAAGCACAAUGUGAAGCAACUUGUCUACUUAGGAGUAGAUUUAAAAGAAGUAUUCAAGAGGUAGAAUCGCAAAAUUUACCCAGAAAUGUUCAUCAACUAAUCGCGGAUAUUUUGAAAAAGAAGAAAAUAUUAACAGGCCUUUUUAACGCCACGACUGAUUCAUCUUUGAAAUAUGAAUCAAAGAUUCUCGAACAUCACGAUGGAAUGUUUCAAGCUUAUACAGUUUCAUUGAACCAGUCAAAUAUGAUGAAAAAGCCUUUAAUGAUAGAAAAAAUGGAAAAUGAACAAGUCAAUCUGCCCUGUCGGAUUUUAUCUCUCAACAAGCCUACAGUUCAAUGGACACACCUAUUAUCAAGGAAAAGGUAUUCAGUUGAAGUUCACCAGCAUCCAUCACAUGAAAAUAUUUGGAUUUCUGAUCUAUUUCUUACAGCUGUUAAAGCAAAUUUGCAUACAGGAGGUUGGAUUUGUGAAGCAUUCCAUCCAGAAACUGAAGAAUACACUCACUCUCAACUUAUUCUACAUGUAAUUUCUACUCAGAAAGGUGAAAACUUGCUAUCGACUGCUAUGCCUCAAACGACAUUAAAUAUUCCAGAAAAUGGUUUGAUUCUGCUUCGUUGUCCGUCAGCACCGUAUUCGAACCACGUCAUGUGGAAAAAAGCAGACAUUUCAAACAGUGACCGUCAAGUCAACAAAUAUAUCACUCAAGCCAGCUCUGAAUAUCUAAUAAUUGAAAAUGCAAAUAGUAAACUGCAUUCAGGACUAUGGAUCUGUGGAAUUCAAAAUAAUGAUAAAUUUAUUGAACUGUACGAAUUCAAUUUGAUUAUUGGUUAUCCACCAGAACUACUGAAAGGAGAAUUUAAUGCACUUGGCUCAGCAUCACAGCAUUCACUGACUUGUUCACCAGUCAGUGAAGGCUUACCUAAAGGAUCUGUUGAAUGGUUUCAAUGUGAGCGUAUGAACAAAUGUAAUUCUACUGAAAGUCAGACAAUCACACUAGACUCUUCUAUGCCACUGAAUGGAACAACAUUUUUCAUAUGUCGUAUUGAAAAUAUGUGGGGAAGAGAUGAAAGUUAUUUCAGAUUUAAUGUGUGA